AUGCUAUUCAGAAGGGGCACGGCUGAGUGGUUUGGUUUGGGAACAGACUGUGAUUUGGAUCAACACCAUUGGCAACGUAAGAGCUGGAGACACUGCAGCCAGAGGUAUGGGAAGCUGAAAGCACAGUACCAGAGGAACAUGGGGAUUCCCAAUCUAGAAUCUGAUCCUUUCUCCACAGCGAAUUCACCAGAUCCCUCUAAAGUGCCUAAGGGCCAUGUGCUGCGUUAUACAGACACGGUGGAUCAGGCUGGCAUUCCCCAUCCAGCAGACUCUCCUCUCAAAUCUCUUGGUUCAUUUCGAAACUCCCAGUCAGGAUACAUGGGAAUGAUUCGCAGGAAACGGGAGUCAGUCGUUCGAAUGAGUCUGCGAGCAGCAUCAUCUGUGAUAACGGGUCGUCCUCUUCUGAGACCUUCUCCGCACAGACGAACCAGAGGAAGCUUUGUAUAUCCUAGCAACUUUGUUGAAGAUGUCAUCGAUGGUCCAGAAGGUCUGGACUCCUCGUUUUUUAGUAAGAUCGAUGCUCCUGAUGAAAGUUACUCAAUGCCUGAUGAUGUGUUUGAAUCUCCACCGCUGUCAGACUCCUGGCCAAUGAGGGACGUCCACCUUGUGGAGAGGCUACAAUCACCAUUAGAAUCCAGGACACAGGUGUUGAAAGGUGAAGCAGAGCAUAGAAGAGGUAAACGCAUUGUGUCGCAAGUCAAGCACUUUGCAUUUGAUAAGAAAACUCGUAAGUACGGCCUUGGGGUGGUUGGGCGGUGGCUGAAUCGUAGAUAUCGCCGAGCCCUAAGCUACAGCAUCCAAACCAAACUGCAGGACAUGAGGAGUCACAGGCCUUAUUUCACUUACUGGAUCACAUGUGUUCACAUUUUGAUCAGCUUGCUGGCAAUUGGACUUUAUGGGAUUGCUCCAGUCGGGUUUGCACAGCAUAUGAAAACACAGCUCGUGUUGAGGAAUAAAGGGGUAUUUGAGAGUGUGCAACACGUGCAGCAGGAGAACUUUUGGAUCGGACCAAGCUCGGUUGCUCUCAUUCACCUUGGAGCAAAGUUUUCUCCCUGUUUACGGAAGGAUCGGUCCAUCUCGAAACUUAUUGAGAAGCAGAGAGAACAGGAGAGGAACUCUGGCUGUUGUGUUCAGAAUGAUAACUCUGGGUGUGUACAGACACUGAAAGAAGAUUGUUCGGAAACACUUGCAACAUUUGUAAAAUGGCCAAAGUUCCAGGCUCCUCACCUGGAAUCGAUUAAUGGGAGUAGAUCAUCUGGGGCAGUCUGCCAUCAGGAUCCAAGGUAUGUGAGCUCUGGUCAAAUCAGUUGGCACUACUCUCCCACCCCACCCCAAUACCUUCCUGUCAAGACCUCCUCACCCAACUCCCUUGCAGUAUUUUCCCAUGGAGCAGGUUUUGAGGCACUGAAUGGCCAGUUUGAGCCCUCUGUUAGCAGUGGGAAUAUUUCCAAUAAUUCCUCAAUAACUUUGCCUUUUGGAUCUUUCCUGUGUAGGUGUGAAAUCACUACCAGAGAAUACUGCCAGUUUAAGGACGGAUAUUUCCAUGAAGAAGCAACCUUGUGUUCACAGGUGCACUGUCUGGAUGAAGUAUGUGGCUUGUUACCGUUUCUGAAUCCCGAUGUUCCAGAUCAGAUCUACAGGCUUUGGCUCUCCCUUUUUCUUCAUGCUGGGAUUAUCCACUGCUUGGUUUCAGUGAUAUUCCAAAUGACCAUUCUUCGGGACCUGGAGAAGUUAACAGGUUGGCUACGCAUUUCAAUCAUCUACAUCCUAAGUGGAAUGAUGGGAAACUUGGCAAGUGCGAUCUUCCUGCCAUACAGAGCUGAGGUUGGUCCUGCAGGAUCUCAAUUUGGUUUGUUGGCUUGUCUCUUUGUAGAAUUAUUUCAGAGUUGGCCAAUCCUGGAGAAACCAUGGAAAGCCUUGCUGAAGUUGAUCGGAAUUGUUCUUUUUCUUUUUACCUCUGGCUUGUUGCCUUGGAUUGACAAUAUUGCCCAUAUCUUUGGAUUCAUUAGUGGUUUCCUGCUAUCUUUUGCCUUCUUGCCAUACAUUACAUUUGGCCAAAGUGAUAAAUACAGGAAGAUAAUAAUGAUCAUUGUCUCGCUUCUGGUCUUCGUUGGACUCGCAGUGUCUCUGGUGAUCUGGUUCUAUGUUUAUCCCAUUAACUGUCACUGGUGUGAGUACCUCACCUGCAUACCAUUCACCAGCAACUUUUGUGAAAAGUAUGACCUUGAUCAAACCAUAAGUGAACAAUAAUUUGGACCAUCUGGUUUUUGGAUAAAUGGACCAUGUACUUACUGAAAAUGGUACCUGGGUAAUGGUAACACAGUUAGUUUACGCAAAUUGUGCAGCCCAUUGUUAGUAAGAUUGAGAAGCUGAAUGAUGCUGUAAGACUGGCCGACUGGAAGAUGAAAUGAACUGCUUACUGUGUGACAGUUUUAAAUACUGAGACUAUGAUAAUAUCAUCCAAUUACUGCCUCAACCAAUUGCUCUGCUCCACAACUAUUCAACACAAUAGCACUGAUCUCAGAGUAGUUUACUGGUUUGCACAUAUUGACUGUCUUCUCUUCACAAGAGAGGAAGAAACUAAUGUAAAUUGUGAAACAUCUGCAUUUGCUUGUAUUUUCCAUAUCUAGACAAUAUACUCUUUUUGAUGAGUCAAAAUUUGACUAAAGAUUGGUUUGUGUUGUUGUAGAGGCUGGUUCUGUUUAAUACACUCAUUAGCAAUCUUGUUGAGAGUUCUGUGGAUGUUGAAUUUUUUUGCUGUUAGUUUUAUGUUUCUUGUGAGCUUACACUUAUUGUUGCUUCUGUUGAGAUUCCAGUUGGUUAUAUUACUGGACCAGUCAGAUCUCAGAAUGAAGUCUGGCUUGAUAGAUCAUUU